ACCCUGAAGGAGCAUCUGGACGAGAGCAGACGCAUCUGAAGGGAUGAGCUCCGGCAUGGCUGGCGCCAACACGGAGCAACCCGCUGGCACAAGGCGGAACAGCACGAGCGAGGCCGGCCCCGCAGCGAGGCGUGCCUCCAGAGCGACAGACACCAACACCGAAGAGCGAGUUGCCGUCUGGGAUGCGGUGGCCGCCUACGUACAGGAGCACCUCCUGGUGCAGAAGGGGGUCUGGAUUCCCACCUUCGGCUCAUUCGACACCAUCUCUAAAGACAUCAGGACUGCGGACGGGACCGUGACUCUGCGGUGGCCCGUGUUUCAGCUGGCCAGGAACCUCAGAGCCAUGCACCACCUCGGGUCCGACAAGGACUCCCUGCCAGCCCAUAGGGAGGUGGAGACCCUGAAAUACAGCGAGGUGGCUGCCGCUGCCUCUGUGACCUGGCAGAGAGGGAAGACCUGCAUCCAAAGCACCGUGUCCCUCCUCUCCAACUGCCUCAAGAAUGGGGAGAACGUUGCCUUUGUCCUGAAAGACAUAGGAGUGCUCCUCUUUGAAGGCAUGAGCUUUGGAAUUAAAUACUAUUAUGACUUCCUUGAGAAGCUCUCCGGGAAGGAGAAAUUCAGAAAAGUUGUUUUCAAGUCCCGUGACCCUUGCUCUGACUGCACAUGGCCCACCAGGACCUGGCCAGCUGCUUGGGCUGUGCAGGUGCUGCGGUGGUGUCAGCUCUCCCUGCCUUGGGCUCCUCCAGUCCUGAGGGCCUCAGCCAUCAGAAGGAUGUCCCACAACCUCCCUGUUCCUCCCCUGCAGGCCCCCUGGCUGCUGGACACGCUGGUGUCCCGGGUGGCACCGGUGGCCUCCCUGACGCACUCUGGCCACCUCGUCGUCUUCCCCAUGUUUCAGAAGCAGGUUGCACCCAAACCACCGCCCAGGAUAUUCCGCAAGGCCUCCGGAGAUCUCCAUGGUGAGGGGAAGCAAAAGAAAGAAGGGGCUUUGCCACCUCUUGUCCAGGGCAAGAAAGUGAGGUUUGCUGAAGUGCCAACCUACAUCAGACGCUUCAGCGUUGCAAGUACUGCUGGACAAAGCUCAAGAAGCAGAAGAAGCUUACAGCAGGAGAGCUUUUCGUCCAGUCCGCUGCCAGCGAUCCUGAGAACGUCUGAAGCCCGCGAGCAGCCGGUGACCUGGCAGCCGCAGGGCCAGGCAGGAAACGAAGGCCAAGAACACCUGGGCCAAACAACGGGAAAAAAACAUGUCCGGUUUCGCGGAGACGAACAAGGAGCGGGAGAGAACCGUGAGGCUGGAGCGGCGGCCAUGUGGAAAGCAAAGGCCUCGCACCCUCAGAUCUGGUUUGCUGCCACCCACACGCAACAGACCAGAGUCUCCCAGGAGUCCGCCUCCAAGGACCACAGCCCCGCGCCGCAGGCCGCCAACACCCUACCCGUUUCUGCCACGUGA